AUGGCCUCCGCAGACAAGAAUGGCGAGACCGUCUCCUCCGUGUCCGGCAGCCGCCUGCAGAGCCGGAAGCCGCCCAACCUGUCCAUCACCAUCCCGCCGCCCGAGGCCGCCGCCCCCGACGAGCACGCCAGCAUGCUGCCCCAGAGGCCCCGGAAUCCCACCUACCUGAAGAGCGUCAGCCUGCAGGAGCCCCGCGGACGCUGGCAGGAGGCGUCCGAGAAGCGCCCCGGCUUCCGCCGCCAGGCCUCGCUGUCCCAGAGCAUCCGCAAGGGCACGGCGCAGUGGUUCGGGGUCAGCGGCGACUGGGAGCUGGAGCGGCAGCACUGGCAGCGCCGCAGCCUGCACCACUGCAGCGUGCGCUACGGCCGCCUCAAGGCCUCCUGCCAGCGCGACCUGGAGCUCCCCAGCCAGGACGGGCCCUCCUUCCCGGACACCGAGUCGCCCAGGCCCUGCAAGAUGCCCAAGAUCGUGGACCCUCUGGCCCGAGGCCGGGCCUUCCGCCACCCGGACGAGGUGGACCGGCCCCACGCCCCUCACCCGCCGCUGACCCCCGGCGUCCUGUCCCUCACCUCCUUCACCAGCGUCCGCUCCGGCCACCUGCCCCGCAGGAAGAGGAUGUCGGUGGCUCACAUGGGCUUUCAAGCUGCCUCUGCCCUCCUCAAGGGGCGCCCGGUGCUGGACGCCGCCGCCCCGCGGUGCCGGGCGGUCAAGCGCAGCUUCGCCUACCCCAGCUUCCUGGAGGAGGACGCCGUUGACGGGGCGGACACGUUCGACUCCUCGUUUUUUAGUAAGGAGGAAAUGAGCUCCAUGCCCGACGACGUGUUUGAGUCGCCCCCGCUCUCCGCCAGCUGCUUCCGGGCCGUCCCCCGCUCGGCCUCCCCUGUCUCCCCCGACGGGGUGCAGGCGCCUCUGAGGGAGUAUGGCCGAAGCCCCGCGCCGGCGGCCAGGCGCGGCAGGCGCAUCGCCUCCAAGGUGAAGCACUUCGCCUUCGGCCGGCAGAGGCGGCACUACGGCCUGGGCGUGGUGGGCAGCUGGCUGAACCGCCGCUACCGUCGCAGCAUCAGCAGCACGGUGCAGCGGCAGCUGGAGAGCUUCGACAGCCACCGGCCCUACUUCACCUACUGGCUGACGUUCGUCCACGUCGUCAUCACGCUGCUCGUGAUCUGCACGUACGGCGUCGCGCCCGUGGGCUUCGCCCAGCACGUCACCACCCAGCUGGUGCUCAGGAACAAGGGCGUGUACGAGAGCGUGAAGUACCUGCAGCAGGAGAACUUCUGGAUCGGCCCCAGCUCGAUUGACCUGAUCCACCUGGGAGCCAAGUUCUCACCCUGCAUCCGGAAGGACCGGCAGAUCGAGCAGCUGGUGAAGCGGGAGCGGGACCUGGAGCGGGACUCGGGCUGCUGUGUCCAGAACGACCACUCGGGCUGCAUCCAGACGCAGCGCAAGGACUGCUCGGAGACUUUGGCCACCUUUGUGAAGUGGCAGGACGACACGGGGCCCCCCGUGGACAAGUCCGACAUGGGCCAGAGGCGGACGUCUGGCGCCGUGUGCCGCCAGGACCCCCGGACCUGCGAGGAGCCGGCCUCCAGUGGUGCCCACAUCUGGCCUGAUGACAUCACCAAGUGGCCGAUCUGCACGGAGCAGGCCCGGAGCAACCGCACGGGCUUCCUGCACAUCGACUGCGAGAUCCGGGGCCGGCCCUGCUGCAUCGGCACCAAGGGCAGCUGUGAGAUCACCACUCGGGAGUACUGUGAGUUCAUGCACGGCUAUUUCCACGAGGAGGCGACACUCUGCUCCCAGGUGCACUGCUUGGACAAGGUGUGCGGGCUGCUGCCCUUUCUCAACCCCGAGGUCCCCGACCAGUUCUACAGGCUCUGGCUGUCCCUGUUCCUCCACGCCGGCCUGGUGCACUGCUUCGUGUCCGUGGUCUUCCAAAUGACCAUCCUGCGGGACCUGGAGAAGCUGGCCGGCUGGCACCGCAUCUCCAUCAUCUUCAUCCUCAGCGGCAUCACCGGCAACCUCGCCAGCGCCAUCUUCCUCCCGUACCGGGCCGAGGUGGGCCCGGCGGGGUCGCAGUUCGGCCUGCUGGCCUGCCUCUUCGUGGAGCUGAUCCAGAGCUGGCAGCUGCUGGAGCGGCCGUGGCGGGCCUUCCUGCACCUGGCGGCCGUGGUGCUCUUCCUGUUCGUGUGCGGCCUGCUGCCCUGGAUCGACAACAUCGCCCACAUCUUCGGCUUCCUCAGCGGCCUGCUGCUGGCCUUCGCCUUCCUGCCCUACAUCACCUUCGGCACCAGCGACAAGUACCGCAAGCGCGCCCUCAUCCUGGUGUCGCUGCUGGUCUUCGCCGGGCUCUUCGCCUCGCUGGUCAUCUGGCUGUACGUGUACCCCAUCCACUGGCCCUGGAUCGAGCACCUCACCUGCUUCCCCUUCACCAGCCGCUUCUGCGAGAAGUACGAGCUGGACCAGGUGCUGCACUGA